UCUUGAUAAUAAUGGUGUGAAACCGGAUAAAAAGACGGAUGAAGAAUGGACAAAAAUGAAUCGAAAAACUGUCGCACAAAUUCGACAAUGGAUAGAUCAUAGUGUGUUCCACCAUGUUGCUCAAGAACAAAGUGCUUACACACUAUGGGAGAAGCUUGGUAGCAUGUAUCAAGCAAAAACCGCCCGAAAUAAGACGUUACUAAUGAGGAGAUUAGUAAACCACAAAUUACGUGGGGGUAUUUCGGUGUCAGAACACACCAGUCAAUUCCAGGAUCUUGUGAAUCAGUUGACAACCACCGGAUGGGUUCUCAAAGAUGAAGAGCAGGCGAUACUACUCUUGAGCUCUCUACCUGACAGCUGGGAGACUCUUGUUGUCACUCUCAGUAAUUCUGCUCCAAAUGGGAAGGUGACUAUGCAGAUGGUCACAGAUGCCCUGAUGAAUGAAGAAGCCCGAAGGAAGGAAGCCGGGACGGAACAAUCAUAUGUCCUCAUAUCAGAAACUAACAGACGAGGGGGAGGCAGAAAUGGAGGAAGAAGUCGAGGUCGAGGUAGAGGUCAAGGUCAAAGUAGAGGAAAUUCUCAAGUUCGCGGAAGAUCACAAGAGAGAGGACCUACACUCGACAAACCUGAUUGGAGCCGGUGAAAGGCGAGAUGGACUCUUUUAUUUCCGAGGGAUACUCGCUCUACAUGCUGUCCACACGUCAAAAUUAUCAGAAUUUGAGUUGUGGCAUCGUCGCUUGGGUCAUCCUUCUGAUCGAGUUAUUAAAUUG